AAUGGUUGCUACUAUGUCUUUGACAAAACCACCAGCUAAUUCUAAGGUGACACCGGCCGCGGCACCAACAAAGCCGAAGCGUGCGCCUCUAUCGCCUUCAAGGAACGACAACAAUGCUCCUCCUCCCCCUCUUCCACGAGGGCCAAUAUCUAAGAAUAUCGUCGCCUCACGUUACUUGACUUCUACUCCGUCCUCAAAUUUUGAUACCAAAACAAUGACUUCCUCUUCAUCAUCUUCUUCUUCUACUACAACGUCGUCAUCUUCUAAUUCUCUUUAUACUCCUAGGAAGCGAGAUCAAUCAGUUGAACGACGCUAUUCUGGCAAUGUAACAAAAAGCUCUAUAAGGAGUUUGUCUGUUUCAUUUCAAGGUGAAUCAUUUGCUCUUCCUGUUAGCAAAGUUUCAAAUCCAAUAAAUAAUAAUGUCUCAAGAGGUACAUAUGAAAAGAAAAAGGCUCGUGGGACGCCAACCAGGAGUUCUACAAGAUCAAAAAAUAAAGGAAGUUUUAUGACAAUGAGCGUAGAUUUUGAGAGCGAAAAAAUGAAAAUGAGAACAUCAGAAGCUAUAAAGGAGUUAAGAAAGUCCUUAACCGCAGAUAUUGAAUGUGAUUCUGAUGAUUCUGAUCAUGGAAUUUCUGAUAAUGUACGUGGAGGGGGUCCUCGGGCUAUAGUAGUGCCAGCCAGGUUUUGGCAAGAGACUAUUAAUCUUCUUAAACGAGUCCAAACAGAUCCGGUUUCAGUUUCAUCACCCCCAUUGUUGAGGAACAGUAGUAGUACUAAGGUAAUGUCAGGAUCCAAGGCUUUAGACAACGGUCCAAAAAUAUCUAAAACGCGUAAUGGAGUAGGAUGUACUAAUAAUUUGGGUAACAUGCCUUCGAUUCUGAGUUUUCCUACUACUGUUGAUGCAAGGAGAGGGAAGGUGGCAGAGAAAAAGCUUGAUGAUGCACAUGUGUUGAGAAUGUUACAUAACAAACAUUUGCAAUGGCGGUUUGCAAAUGCUAGAGCAGAAGCUGCUACGGCGGCCCAACAAGCAGCUACACAAAAAAGGCUGUAUAACGCAUGGGUGACUAUAUCGAAAUUGUGGAAUUCUGUCAUUUCCAAACGAACAGCAAUACAACAAAUGAAGAUGAAUUUGAAGUUGCAUUCUGUUCUGAAAAAACAGAUAUCGUAUUUGGAUAACUGGGAUCUAACUGAGGGUGAUCACGCCAUCUCGUUAGCAGGGGUUAUUACGGCUUUGGAGUCAAGCUCUCUUUGCCUUCCAGUUCUAAGUGGUGCAAAGACAGAUAUCCCUAACUUGAAACAUGCCAUUUGCUCAGCCGUUGACGUGAUGGAGGCAAUGGCAAUCUCGGUCUCAAUACACUCUUUAGUAACUAAGGUUGAGCAUGUGAAUUCUUUAGCCUCUGAACUUGCGAGCGCAACGAAAAUUGAAUGUUCUUUGCUUGAUCAAUGCAAAGACCUGUUCUCAGCUUUGACACUUUUGGAGAUGCAGGAUUGCAGUAUAAGAGCACACACAUUACAACUCAUACCUUCAACCACAAUGUCACAAUGGUGA